GUACGUUUUAUGUCAGUGGAUCCAGACUGUAACAUUCGUCAACAUUUUGCACGCGAUCACCGCGCACCGGACCGAAAUGAUGGCGAGUUCUCUCUUUUGCAAGAUUAUGCCGAGGGGUUUGAAGUUACCCUCAUGCCACCUGGUCCGAACUCUAACAACCAGUCAAGUUUGUCAUAAACCUGUGGCCCCGGCAGCCCAACCAGACACUAAGAGAACUGUCACAUUAAUCCCAGGAGAUGGAGUUGGUCCUGAACUCAUGUUAUCUGUCAGGGAAGUGUUCAAGAAUGCUGGAGUGCCGGUAGACUUUGAGGAAUUAUUUGUCAGUGAGGUGCAGGUAGGGAAGAGUGCCACCAUUGCUGAAGUGAUAGAUUCCUUCAAGAGGAACCAAGUUGCACUGAAAGGAAUCAUUCAUACACCCUGGGGAGGAGGUGGUGAACUACAGACACUCAACAUGAAAAUCAGACGAGAAUUAGACCUCUUUGCCAAUGUUGUCAGAUGUCGCACUUUACCUGGAAUUCAGACAAGACAUACUGAUCUAGACUUUGUUGUCAUACGUGAACAAACAGAAGGAGAAUAUAGUGCACUUGAACAUGAGAGUGUUCCUGGUGUGGUAGAAUGCCUGAAGAUCAUUACAAGAGCUAACUCCCUGCGGAUUGCCAAGUUUGCCUUUGAUUAUGCCAGAAGAAAUGAUCGUCAGAAGGUAACUGCUGUACACAAGGCAAACAUCAUGAAACUUGGGGAUGGUCUCUUUCUUGAAAGUUGUCGUCAGAUCUCCACUUUGUAUCCCAAGAUUCAGUUUGAGGCUAUGAUUGUUGACAACUGUUGCAUGCAGCUAGUGUCUAACCCUCAUCAGUUUGAUGUGUUGGUCACUCCAAACCUCUACGGCAACAUUGUUGAUAACUUAGCGGCUGGUCUGGUUGGUGGGGCUGGAGUGGUUCCUGGCGAAAGCUUCUCAUCAAAAUACGCAAUAUUUGAACCUGGUGCUAGACAUACCUUCUCUCAAGCUGUUGGUCGUAACAUUGCCAAUCCCACAGCUAUGCUGCUUUGUGCUGCCAACAUGCUCAAACAUCUUCACCUGGAUUCACAUGCCAAGCUUAUUCAGACUGCAGUGGAAUCGGUUCUCAAAGCAGGCAAGGUACGCACACAAGACAUGGGUGGAUAUGCUACAACAAGCGAGUUCACUAAUGCAGUCAUGAAUAAUCUGAGGUAAAAAGCUGCAAUAGAUGUAUUGAUAGACAACAAGAAAACACAAGAAAAUUGGUCGUUUCAGUUGAUAUAUAUAUUACACAUAUAUACAUAUGUGCAUUCAUAUUUAUAAUCAUCAAACCCUCUGUUUGAUUUGCCAAAGUUACAAGUUAAUUCAGUUAAUUCUAUUAAUCAUCUACUUAAGAUUGAUAAAAGCAAAUUGGGUGCUAAACAGUUCAGGAAUGUUUGAAAAAAUGUGAUACGAAACAUUUAUCUUAGGAAGCAAUAUGCAUUUAAAAAUGUGUAGCCACCAUUACAAUAGGUAAACAGAAAACAGAUAUGACAUAUGGGAAAGAUCUUUUUGGGAUGCAAAAUAAUUUUUGCAUUUUUUUAUCUCUGUAUUCUAUAUAUGUUUUGGAUAUUGAAUAAAUAUAGACCAUUUUUAAAGGGGUCAUGCGAUGACUUUUUCUUGGGAACUCAUUUUGUGCAACUUUCUACUCGUAAAUGUAUGAAAAACUAUUUGACAUCCCUUUUUGGUUAAUUUUAUUGAAAAGUGCACUUCUGUAAACAAUCAAAAACAAAUCCAUGCUUUUCCGGACAACUGAGGGUGCUAUUACUGUGAUGUUAUUUCAGGAAGACACUGUUUAAUUUAUGGGUUUGCUGUUCAAUAUUGUGAACCCAAAAUUUGCUCAUUUAAAACAUUUGUGAGAAAGGGUUGCUCAUUGGCUUACUGCCAUGUACUCGCACAACAACGAAUCACCAAAGAAAGAAAAUUCAUGACAGCAAAUUGUCGAAAAUUCUAGCAACUUUUUGUGCUGGAAUAGCUGUAACAUUGAGGUUUCUGCCUGAAAUGACAUCGCAGUAUUGCUUAUGAAUAUGGAAACAAGCAUUCGCAUAAAAGCCAAAAGGUACCAACAAACCUUGAAAAUGGCAAAACAAACAUUGAAAUGAGGGUAAAUGGGACACAGGUGCAUUUUCAUGAAUAGCAUUAAAAAUUACAUUACAUGGCCUUUAAGCCUCAACAGAGUUGUCAUACGUUUUAAAGGUACAAACAUUAUCUAAUAGAUUUUUUUUUUAAAUGGCAAACAUUUUUGUGUUUCAAAUAUGUUCUUUAUCAUUUACCAUGUGUACUGUGUACAAUGUAGUCAGUAUUAUGAAAAAUACACCUCCAAUUUCAAUAUGAUUCUUCACACACUGUAGGGAGUUAGGGUCAACCCCAAGGACCUGUGGCACAUUCCAGUUAAAUUCCAGUUGUGGUCUUCCAUUUGUGUCGAGUUUUGUCAGUUAUACAAAAACCACUUACAUUGUGUCACACUAUCGAUAAUCUUCUGUUUAUCUUUAAUUUUCUUUCUGAAAAAUAAAAGAAAAUGAGUUGUGGUCAUCUUGUAAACAAAAACAGUGAGGACAACUCUUUUUUACAACAAUAAAAAAUACUGAUCAUCUAUUGUAAAAUACAUACAUACAUGUACAGGGUUUAUACAUGUCAUUCAACAUUGAUGUAGUUAAAGAACUUGUAUACAUGUACAUUUUUAUUUAUUUGAAGUAUAUCUUAAGUGAUUUUAAGUACUUUUACAGUUUACAAAGUUCAAAAUAAAUUUAGUUACAUUGCAGGUAUUGAUAUACAUUUUGUACACCUUUUGCUGCAAUAAACUGUGGAAAAUUGAA